UAACAGUACUAUAUAUAGAAGCUCUCCUUGUCCCUCAAGCCACUUUCUGUAGACUUUUGCCACUUUGUUUGAUAGAGCUAUGUUAGAAGUAAAAGAAAAAAAACAACAACAUGGGUCUGAUGAGAUCGAUGAUUCCGAACGGGAAGCAACUUUUCAAAUCACAAUCUUUGAAAAAAAGAAACCAAUGCCCAUCAGCACCAAAUUUAGAGCUUGUUCCAAAGGGUCAUGUCGCGGUCUAUGUAGGAGAACAAGUGGAAAAGAAGAGGUUUGUGGUUCCUAUAUCGUACUUAAACCAUCCUCUCUUCAGAGAUUUUCUUCGCUGCGCUGAAGAAGAGUUCAGAUUCAAUCACCCAAUGAGCGGCUUGACAAUCCCCUCUAGAGAAGAAACCUUUUGUAGUCAUUAUCAUCUCAUUAAUUCUCAGUUGUAUUGAAGAGAACGUUGAACAAAAAAGCUACUCAUUCUUAAGUUGGGGUUUUGAUGAAGGUUCUUACUCUUUGAAUAUAAUAAACAGAUCAGUAAUUAAUGUAUGUAUAUGGUAACUAAAGCUAAUAAUGUCCGUUGGAACUUAGUGCAAAUAUAUGACCGUCUAGCUCAGUUGGUAGAGUGCAAGCUUCUUAACCUUGAGUUCCUGGAUUCAAACUCCCUUACGGG